AUGGACUCGGGCGAGGUGACUGCGCGGUUCCCGCUGGCUCCCUUGGGCUGCGCGGGGCUGGGCUCAGCUCUGCUGGCCGCCGGCUCGGGGCUGCAGGGCGGUUCCCCCUCGCCCCAUCUCCCGCUGGAGCUGCACCUCCGCGGCAAGCUGGAGCCGGGUCCCCCGGAGCAGGGCAGCAAGGCCAAGAAGGGGCGGCGCAGCCGCACCGUUUUCACCGAACUGCAGCUCAUGGGGCUGGAGAAGCGCUUCGAGAAGCAGAAAUACCUCUCCACGCCCGACAGAAUAGACCUGGCCGAAUCGCUGGGGCUCAGUCAGCUACAGGUGAAAACCUGGUACCAGAACAGGCGCAUGAAGUGGAAGAAAAUAGUAAUGCGGGGGGGGGCCCGUGAGUCCCCCCCCAAGCCUAAGGGCCGCCCCAAGAAGAACUCCAUCCCCAGCAGCGAGCAGCUCUCGGAGCAAGAGCGGGCCCGGGAUGCCGAGAAGCCGCCCGAGAGUCUGGGUUCGCCGCCUCAGGUCAGCCAGGAGGAGUGA